AUGCUCACAGCAGUAACAAAUGCAACGGGAAAUUCGGCUGGUGCAAAACUGAGGUGCUUGUACACGAAGGCCCAAAGCCUCAUAUCGAAACUAGACGAACUUAAACUUUGCCUUGUUGAGCUGUCUCCAGAUGUUUUAGCAGUAACUGAGACCUGGCUGUCCGGGAAUAUUAGCGAUAACGAAGUAGCCUUGCCUGGACACCAAAUUUAUCGGAGGGACAGGGAACAUCGUCAGGGUGGUGGUAUUGUUGUGUAUGUGAAUGAAGGUCUGGCAGUGUCGGAUAACACCACCAAGUUUGCGUGCAAUACGGAAGCUAUCUGGUUGGCCAUCAAGGCUACCGGUUCCCCGAGUCUUGAUGUCCUCUCUGUCUACCGAUCACCUAGGACAAACCGAAUCGCCGACACUCAACUAUUGGAGCAGUUGGUGAAAUUUUCCAGUCGAUCUAACAUCAUGAUCAUGGGCGACUUCAACGCACCAGGAACAAACUGGAAUACCCUCCAAGCGUCAGGUCCAAAAUCGGCAUUCGAUUACCGCCUGUUGAGCAAAACAUUAAAUGCGUGCCUCACACAACAUGUAAUGUUCCCAACGAGAACACGUGAAGGACAAAGGGCAAACUGCCUGGAUCUGGUCUUUACGAAAUCACCAGACAGCCUAGACGAGAUCAACUCCAUGCCGCCCCUUGGCCGAAGUGACCACGUAGUGCUUAUGUGGGAUUAUUCGUUAUUCUCCAUUUCACAUACUCCAGACCACAAAAGACGUAAUGUUUGGCGGGGCGACUUCAAUCAGAUGAGGGCAGACUUAUCCGGUCUUGACUGGGGCUCAUUGAUUACGGGAAGUGCCAACGAUGACUGGGAGCUGUUCAAGAAUGUCCUUCUGCAGCUCAUCAACAACCACUGCCCAUUGACUGGUGUAAGACUGAACAAACGCCCUGGGUGGCUAAAUAGCAACCUUAAGAAAGAAAUCAACAGGAAGCACAGAUUGUGGAGAAAAUACUGCGUCCCUAGACAAGCUGAAUGCUUCAAUACCUACAAGACACCGAGGAACAAACUGGGGAAGCUGAUAAUGAAGACGCGGCGGGAAUUCGAGAAGAACUUGCUACAAAAAGCAACGCGGAAACCAAAAUUACUCUACAGCUACCUCCAACGAAUUACGAGGAACAGGCAUCAAAUCCCCUUGAUAAAGACUACUGAUGGCGUUGAGAUCGCUGAUAGUAGGGAUACAGCUGCGUAUUUUUCACGGUUUUUCCAAUCAGUCUACACAAACGAGGCAAGGUUCCUUCUUCCCUCCACAGACGAACUGCCGACUCCAAGCGUCAGUGAUAUACUCUUCUCAGAAGGCAUUGUCCGAAGAGAAUUAGAGGCAUUGAACGAAUCGAAGUCGCCAGGACCAGACGAGAUUCCACCCAAGCUUCUGAAGGAACUUGCCAGUGAGCUUUCUGUGCCUUUGUCGAUCCUCUUUCAAACGUCAUUUGACACUGGAACACUUCCUAUCGAUUGGAAGCUGGCGCAUAUUACUCCGCUACACAAAGGAGGUAACAGGGCAGCGACAACAAAUUACAGGCCCAUAAGCUUGACAUGCAUUCUCUGCAAAGUUAUGGAAAGGAUCAUAAAGACUGAACUGAUGCAAUUCCUGGAAGUUCACGGCCUGCUAUCGAACUGCCAACAUGGGUUCCGGAAAAGAAGAUCCUGCACGACAAAAUUGCUGCAAUCUCUCCAGAGCUGGACCCGAGCACUCGACGACAGGUACGCGGUCCACAUAGCCUUCAUCGACUUCCAGAAGGGUUUCGACACUGGGCCACACCAAAGGCUCUAACAUAAGCUGAAAAAAAUAGGGAUCGGUGGAAACUUCCUGAAAUGGAUCGAAGACUUCCUUGUGGGUCGACACCAGGUUGUGUGCAUCGGUCGGGGAAAAUCAGAUCCGGCUAUGGUCGAUAGUGGUGUCCCCCAGGGUUCAGUGCUGGGACCCAUUUUGUUCCUUAUCUACGUGGACGAUGCCGCAAGAGGUUUAGACUGUGAAGUAGCAAUGUUUGCGGAUGACAUGAAGAUAUGGAGUGUAAUUCGGGGUCCUGCCGAUGAAGACAGACUUCAGAUGAACCUGAAUCGGUUGGAGGAGUGGUCAAACCGUUGGCUCCUGCGGUUCAACGUUGCCAAAUGUAGCAUACUUCGCCUGGGCAACACAGCCAGAUCCGCCAGCACAAGAGACUACUCUCUGGGCGGUGCAGUCCUAUAAGAGGUCGAAGCCCAAAGGGACCUCGGUGUGCUUACGACGAGUUCCCUAAAACCAUCCGCCCACUGUUCGAGGGUGGCAAAAAACGCAAUGUCCGUACUGUACGCCAUCAAGCGUGCGUUUAUGGACUUUGACGAAAAAGUUUUCUCUAAGACAUUCGGAACAUUCGUCCGGCCGCAUUUAGAGUACGGAAUACAAGCUUGGAGGCCGUGGGCUGUUGAAGAUCAAAACUGCCAUGAAAGGGUCCAGAGGAGAGCCACGAAGAUGGUUAGGGGUCAAAGCUCCUUUCCUUAUGCAACUCGCCUAGUAAAUCUGAACCUCUUUCCUUUGAGUUAAAGGCAACUUCGCGGAGGUCUCUUGCAAGCCUUCCGCAUUGUAAAGGGGUUGGAUUGCAGUCUGGCCUUCGAGGACUUUUUUGAAUUUGCUACCACGACCAACCUCCGAGGUCACCCGUUAAAACUGCGCACUCAGCAGGCACGGCUGGAUGUGCGGAAGUUCUCCUUCUCGGUUCGGUUGGUCAAACCAUGGAAUGAGCUUCUCGCAGAUGUUGUGAUGUCACCAUCUAUACAAAUUUUUAAGAAGAAUCGGGACAUAUUUAUGUUCCGAAAUGGCCAAGAGCGAUGAGAAGUCGAGCUCACCCCCUGUAACUCCUUCUCAUUUUGUCCCACCAUUAUGGGCGUGUUCGAACUAUUUCAGCCCGGAACAUCUAUCUGUACACCACACAUUUUUUACGUUGCAAAUAGGCUACUCAAAGGCUUACGCCUAUUUUCCUCAAUAAACUGAACUGAACUGAACUGACUCCACUCCUCACACAUGUGGGUUCGGUAAUAUCAUUCGAAAUCUUAACUUAUUGUGUACGAGCGCCAAAAUAAGAGGAUAUAAAAUUCAGAUGUUUGCCACCUAUUCCCAAAGAGGAUCGUUUCAAGAGAGGAAGAGCAUGGUCAACAAGAUCAAGAGCCUUAGUGAAAUUGAAAUAUACUGUGUAAAUUGCAAAACCAUUGUCCCUGGACUGGAGAAAAUUAUCGGAGAAAGGGAGCUGGCGGGUGUUAAAAGACCGAGCUUUGAGGAAUCCAUUCUGCGCAGCACUGAGUAUGUUAUUCUCAGCUAUCUUACACAUCCUCUUAUAUUUGAUCAAUGUCUCUAAGAUUUUCGAAGUGCGGGAAGGGUGUUUAUUGGCCGAAAGUCGUCAAAUGACGUAAACUGGCGAUGCUUGGAAUAGGUUUAAUGUGUGACUCCUUUCACAAAGUAGAGUAGGUUUUACUUUCGAGGGCGAGAUUAGAAUGCUUACUGCGACGCCAUCGAGUCCAGGGUUAUGAGAUCAUCAAAAACUCUAAAUCGCUAUGGUCGCGCUCCACAAAGUAAAGGUUAUAGCUUCUAUAACUGCCACUGUGAAUGCCUGGAAGGUCGGAAGCGAAGCACUCGGCUUUUUAAUAAACGUUUUGGACAGGAAACCAUUAAAAUUAUCAGCGGUCAACUGGGCAUCAGCUCUAGGAUUUCCGAAAGCGUCUCGGAAUGUGGGAUGCUGCGAUUUUCUGAGAGUAAGAACUUUUUGCGAGAAAAGUUUCGAGAAAUUUCACGAACGGUUUUCGGUGAAUUGGACCUCUUCGGCUAGCUGUUUUCCUUCGGACGAUUUCUUAGCACGCUCAAAAAUAUCAUCAAUCAAGGGAAAAAUGGAAACGUUGUGCUGAAGAUGGAAUCGACGUGCGGCAAAAAGCUAAGGGUGGAAAAACCUCAUCCCCGACAUUUAUUAUAUUCCUAAAGCGAGAAAACGAGAAUUAAGCCGAUCGCAAAGUUUGUACAGUUUGGCAGCGCUAACUUAGGAAUAAACCCGCCAAUCGUAGGAAUUAAGGUGUAUUAAUAAUUCGGACGAGCGAUCUGAUCGGGAACCGAGGAAGAAGUCAUACUAUGGGGAUAUGAUUUAAUCCGCCUCGAGUUCUAACUUUAAAGAAACUAUGUAGUGGUCUGAGCCCGCCAGUGGGCCUAGGGAUGAUAAUGACAAAGGCAUGCAACCUCUACAGGCAAUUAGGUGGUCAAGUAUGCUUGAUUCUCGGAUGGGAAAAUCAACAACCUAACUCCACAUCCCAACAUCCACAUCCUCAAGAAAGUAUUCGAACCUUCUGGGGCCGGAGACGGAGGCCAACCGAUAUCAGGAAGAUUAAAGUCACCCGCAACCAAUUUAUACUUAAAGUUUAAGUUGGCCGCAGCAUGAAAUGCCUAUGAGAGUAAUCGAUCAAAAUUAUCGUGCAACCUGCAGCCAGCAGCUGCCUUCUACCGCCGAAAAAUGCAGGAGGUCCACCGGCAGAAAUGUAAGUGUUUGCUUAACGUAAACGCCACUGCCCCCACCAGGGACGUCUUGACGAUCAUUUCGAAUGCAAGCAAAGCGUAGAAGAGAGAGUUCGGAGUCGGCUACGGAAGCCAGUGCCCAUGUCUCAGUUACUAAGACAAUAUUUGGGCAAUGGAAGAACACCAGAAUCUGAGGCAAAGGCAUCUUAUUUAACAAGGAUCCGGCAUUUAGAAUAAAAUGUUGAAGGGGAAAGACUAUUUCUGAGAGAGGUUGGCUUCGUCUUCCAGUGAUUGGCUGCCCUCGGGACCUACGGUCCUGAUGCCCCUAUUCGGUUCUGAAAAAAAUCUUGCGGCCUGAAAAGAUGCUGACGCGAACAAAGAGGAGUAGGAUUUGGUGGGGGGGGGGGGAAUGACUGGCAGGGGAACUGGUGACCCUUGUUAGAUAGCUAAUUUUCCGCCGGAAAUCCGCGGGCCUGAUACUGCAACCUAUUCCCGCCUGAGCGGCAGUAAGGAACGGCUGAGUAAACUGACCUAGUAUGGACAUUAGAAUGAGGAAUGGAUCACUAAAAUGGCCGUGGACGAAAAUGAUGGGGGUGGAAGACGCACUGCCUCAAUUGGGGUAGGAACUCUAUUUAAAGGCGGGAAUGUCGGCGUAUUCGGUUUAACCGCCCUGAUAUGAGGUCGGGGAGGUUGUUGUAAACACGCUAUAUUUUGGGUUGUGGUGUUUGAGGCAGUGGCGGGCGAAUGCGGAAAAAAGAUUUCUUAAAGAACUGGAUUUACCCGGUGUUCUAGUAGCUGAAACAGCACUCGCAUUCGCCUUCGAAUUAGGCGCAUACUUAGGGCUACUGGAGUUGCUGGGCGAGUCGGUAGGGGGUAUUACUAGACCAGGCGUUUUGUUGCGUCUAAAGAUCUCAGCCAAUGGUGUAGGCGAAUUUCCUACGGAAGUGACUAUGCCAUGACGUGGUGAGGCCGCAGAUGAUGAUGAUGAUGAAGAAGAGUUAUUUAAAACGACAAUAGGUGUCAUUAUGUCGGUGUCGGUUUUCGAUAUGUUCAAGUUGUGCAGCCUUCACUGUGUUGGUGUGGGGUCCGGCAAAACUGAGUAGCGCCAUUCACGGCAAAAUUCUCUAGUUAUCUCCUUCCUCGACAAGAUAAAGUCGACUUCCAUCAAGGAGAAUAGGGUAACUAGUAUCGGCAAAUUACGGCUGAGGGAGCGCAGUCGUUUAGCCUGUAAAACACUGAAACCUAAACCGCAACUUUGAGGGAACAAAUUCGCUCCCUCUAUAGCAUAUAUGUGACUCAGAAUGUCUCGCAGUACAAAAUUAUGCUUGUGCUUUAUUCUCACCUGAGUUUCGGAGCUUAUUACUCCAAUAACUUUAAACGCGUGUUCAAUCGCUUUUUCAGAAAUGCUGCCUAUAUCUCCAUAUAUCAACCGAUCUAGUAUUUCGUCGGCUGGUGUUCCGUUACGACUAGAAGAGGCGUCGUUUUGAACGAUUAAGGGGUCAAAAAGUUUUGCAUGGACUUACGAGAUUUUUGAGUCAGCAUAUCCGCAGAAGAUAGCAAGCACAUGCUGGCACCCCUCAUGACCCCGGGCACGAUUCUAGCCCUCAGAUACGAAGGGGAAGCCGCACGUUUUCCUCUAUUAGUACAUGUCCUUCGGGGCAUUACGGGGUACUAGAUAGGUUUUCCGUUGCAGUAAAAGGAUCAAAACGUUGCUAACGUACAAAAAAACGCACAGAAUACCAAGUACUACUGUUAUUUUACUACAAGACAAGAAAGAGAUGGUCUGACAUGCAAAGGCUUUGCAAAACGCGGCUGCUUUAUUAGACUAGAGAAAAUUAUAUCCGGCAAUGAAGAGCGACUUUUAAAAAAGACUCGUAUAAAAAGUAGGAAUUAGUUGCCUAGGGAGGUCAAAGUAUAGGCAAAGCUUCACAUGUCUUCGAAAUUGAGCUUCGCGCCUUGAUCUUGGCCUUUGACAAUUUUCCAGAAUGCUCAUAAAGCUAUAAAUAAUACAGAGAUGUAAAAGAAUACGGAUUUGUGUGACUUUGCAUGCUAUUUCUGAAAAAUAAAUGAAAGAAAUCUGCCAGUGAAACACCUUCAGCGUCAAAUCCUCGAUUUGCGGAUGUUAAAAGGGGCAAAAAUCGCACGCAAGAACUGUCCUCAACCGUCCAUCCGCAACCUCCAAUGUCGCCAUCGACUACCUGCUCCAAGCAGAAAAGAACCGCGACCAGGACCUCCCAACUUUCCUUCCCAGAAGCCGUCAGAGCCGUACAACAACUUUCUGGCGAGAAAGCACUGGGCUUCGACGCUGUCCCCGUAGAAAUCUACAGGGACGGUGAACCCCGGUUGUUGGAAAAACUUACUACGAUAUUCCAGGAUAUAUAACGCCAAGAACGAGUCUUUUUAAGAAUUCGAGGACGUGAAUAUCGUCCGUCUCUAAAAGCGGAAGGAGGGACGGCAGAUAUAUAAUAAGCACAUAGGAAUCUCGCUGUCUAUUACUGUCGAACAGAUCUUCACUCUCAUUCUUCUCAAUCUUCUCAUCGACCGACUUCCCAGGGAAGCCCCUUCGUCCUUUCGUGUCUGAUUCGAACUCAUUCGGACUAACUGAUCCUAACGUUUUAUGUAAUUUUCUCAAUGGUUCAUGUAGCCAACAUUCGGUUUCUUAUUAGUCCCCAAAAAGGCCGAAGGGAAACUCCUUUGUUAAUUUUUUAUGUUGACAACUGCUGGUCCAAUAGAUUGCCUCAUUUUGUAGACCGUGGACCGGGGGGAGUGCGCUCUUCCCUUGGGGAUCAUAGCCGCCCAGCAUAUUAACCCGUCUCCCCUAUCCCUUCCUAGUCCACUGAGUGACGCCUAGACCGCCGCUACUGUCCAAUGUAUUUUUAGUCCUGUCUUGUGCACCUGAUAGGUCGGACAUCACAGUAAUCAAUCUGUUUCCGUUGAUGGACGGCACAAUCAGACGGUUAGUGACGACAAGAAUUUGAAUUCUUUUUUUCUUGUCAGUCACCAACCAUAUUGCAGGGAAGCGUCCACUAUCUCUUCAUCCGUGUUGCCGCCAGGGAAGCAGGCUUUCGCUCCUCUUUCAUUGCCUUCUCUUACGCGCGUUAGCAACUUUAAGCCAAAAGUGAUGAAAACUAAGUUAUCCAAUUGUUUCGAUCGAUUUCGCUGACCCCAGUCGGUAUUCUGUUGGUCAAGAAUUUGUUCACGUAAAAGCGUUUGCGAGAACAACACCGAAUGGAGAUACCGUGUGCCCACUCAGGUCAAAUGUAGACAAUGUACAGGAAUAAUGUUCAGUGGACGUUUAUGCCCGUAGAUCCAAGGUCCACAGGCUCAGGCCGAAGUCUUCAUGUAUGAAUGUUUGAGCCGGAAUGCAUCAGCCACAGAGGGUAACCGAGUAAUGUUAAUUAACUGUCGACAGAGAGCUAUAAGUACACUUUAAUCUAAAGAGCUACCGUACUAACAGCACAGGCAUUAGUCAUAAAUACACUACUAGCUGCCUGUCGGCGUUUAAUGAAUAGUGCGCCGUUACUCGCUGUGGCUGGUCGACUUCUGCCUAAAUAUUUCUAAACAGAAUCUUCGGUCUGAUCCUAUAGACCUAAAAUAUACUGAUCUGCUCCAAGUUCGCAGUUAAUUUCUGAGGAAAUUAAAAAGGCAACAAAUUCUAAAGUUUAUUCUCGUGCCCAAACUAGCCGCUGGUGAUAUAAAAUAUAACGCCCUUGUCCUAUGGAAGCACUGAACGCCCUGUCGUAGGGUCAGGUGAUAAGACUACGCUGACCAAACGCUACCAGACACGAAAACCCCACCAAACAAAGGACUAGUCGAAGUCCGUUGAGCGCUCUAACUGUGUAUAUUGCGUUCCAGUCCUCAACUAUUCCCGGCAGUUUUACGGGCCAGACUAAAUUAAAGCCGAAAAAAUACACAAAUGAGCACCGCCCGGCUGUGCCGUACGGAAAUCAGUAUUCUAUUGUCAACCGUGUCCAACUGGGAGCCAAGAGUUUAAGCACACUCUUAGAUGAGAGGCUUAGAGUGCUGGUCGUGUUCCAGCUUCGUUUUUCUUCUAUCCCGCAGGACCUGGCAGUCGAGACCAUCGAACUACUCCUACGAGAGAAAUACGACGACUCGGAGAAUCACCUCGGACACGCCCAAAUCAUCCAGCUCCUGAAGUUCUGUCUGAAGACGUACUUUACGUUCGACGGAACUAUCUACGAGCCAAUGGGUUUGCCGAUUUCGGGAACUCAUAGCCGAGGCGGUCCUACAACGGCUGGAGUCGCUGGUUUUCCGACACCACAGACCGAAAUUAUGGGCUCUGUACGUGGAUGA